GGUGGGGUCCUACCCAGUGAAGAGGAGCAAGAACGUCGCCCUAACAAGUGCCCCGUUGUUGUUGCACCACCAACGGGUGCUCGAAAGCGGCUGACAGGUCCCAAGAAAGAGCCUGGUGGACCCCUAACACAGGACGACAAGACGUCACUGGAGGGCCCAUCUACGCUCACUCCCUCAUGCCCCAAGCGGCCCAAGAGGAGUUCUCCUCCUUCCUCAUCGACCUCUGCGACCUCCCUAGUGCCCAUCGUGAGCUCGGUGUCACCUGUGCCCGGGCAACCGUUCGAGGACCUCCACACGCAACGGGUGAUCGCUAACGUCCGGGAACGGCAGCGCACGCAGUCCCUAAACGAUGCUUUCGCCUCGCUACGGAAGAUCAUCCCCACGUUGCCUUCGGACAAACUGAGCAAGAUUCAGAUCCUCAAACUGGCUUCGAGAUACAUCGACUUUCUCUACCAGGUUCUCCAGAGCGAUGAGAUGGAUGCCAAGCUGGCCAGCUGUAACUACCUGGCCCACGAAAGGCUGAGCUACGCCUUCUCCGUAUGGAGGAUGGAGGGUGCUUGGUCCAUGUCCGCCACUCACUAG